AAAAACUGAUAUCCAUUUUGCAUUAAAUUCUCUGUUGAUCUCUUUCUCUAUCCGAAAUUGAAACUAGUACAGAAAAUGUAACCGUAAACAUUGCCACUACAAUCCUCUAACCCUAAUUCUUCAAUGCAGUCCUUACCGUCGUCGUCAUCUUCCUCCUCGAAUUCGAAACCAAUAAUCGAUUCUGGAGAGCGAAACUGGUUGGAUCUUCCAUCAGAUGUCGUAUUAACCAUUUUCCGGAAACUUCACACGAUCGAUCUUCUCCAUCGCGCUCAUAACGUUUGCACCACAUGGCGCAAAAUCUCAAAGGAUCCUUUCCUCUAUCACACCAUCGACAUGCCCAACAUCGGUACUGACCUCAGCUCCGACUUUUAUUUAGAGAUUUUAUGCCAACGCGCCGUUGAUUACAGCUCCGGCCAAGCAACCGAUAUCAAUAUCGAGUAUUUUGGUACCGAUGAUCUUCUCCGUCAUAUCGCUGAUUCUGCAAAUCAUCUUCAACGCCUCCGUCUUUUAGGUUGCUACAAUGUGACAGAUGAAGGAUUGUGUGAAGUUGCUGGAAAGCUUUCUCACUUGGAGGAACUUGAUAUUACAAUCCACAGCUUAUCCAAUGAUCCUCUAGAAGCUAUUGGCCGAUGUUGUCCUCAGUUGAAAACCUUCAAAUUCAACAUUGAAGGUUUCAGACGUCCACGCAUGGAAUUUGAUGAUGAGGCAUUUUCUAUUGCAAAAACCAUGCCUGGGUUACGCCAUCUCAUGCUUGUUGGAAACAAGAUGAGUAAGGAUGGUUUGCGUGCUAUUCUUGAUGGUUGUCCUCACCUUGAAUCUCUUGACAUACGUCAGUGUUUCAAUCUUAGUUUGAGAGGAAGUUUGGGAAAGAGAUGCCGUGAACAGAUAAAAUAUUUACGACUUCCAUAUGACGCCACUGAUGACUAUCCAUUUCGAGUUGAACUUCAUUAUGGUUAUGGAUCACAUGAUGAAGAUGAAGAUGAAGAUGAAGACUACCCAUCGGGGAUCUCAGACAUAGACCUUUUAUCUGACAAUGAUUAUGACUAUGAUGAAUUCUUAGGUGGGAGUGAAUUUUCUGAAUAUGAUUACGAUGACGACUAUGAUUAUGAUGAUGACUUUUGACAAAUUUGAAACAUUUCAGCACAUAAAGAUGUUUGUGAACAUCUUAGUCACCACUCCUCGUUAUUUCUCUGCAACAUUGGGAUCAAAAGAAAGUUAGCUGGUAAUAAUUUGUUAUCUUUGGGAAACACAUUCACAUUUUGCAACUUGUGUUUACCUAAUAAAUGCAAGAAGCAGUUUUUCAAUUUCUUUGGCUUUUAUGUUUGAAAAUUUGUGGAUUAUAGUCUGAUUCUACUUCUUUUAUGUUACGUAAUGUAUAGUUGGCAAUUUUUCCUUGAUUUGAUUUAAAUUAAACAUAAUUUUUUUUGA